CGGGGGAGGGGCAGGAAAGAGGGCUAUAAGGGCCGCGGCCCAGGCGGGCGGGAGCCAGGCAGGCCAUGGCGGAUGUCCCCGGGGCGCAGCGAACGGCUCCCGGCGGGAGCGGCGGCGGCGGCCCGGAGCCCCGGGACCCCCUGGACUGCUGGGCCUGCGCUGUGCUGGUCACGGCCCAGAAUCUGCUGGUGGCUGCCUUCAACCUCCUCCUGCUGGCGCUGGUGCUGGGGACCAUCCUGCUACCCGCUGUCACCAUGCUAGGCUUCGGCUUCCUCUGCCACUCCCAGUUCCUGCGCUCCCAGGCCCCCCCUUGCACCGCGCACCUGCGGGACCCGGGCUUCACGGCCCUGCUGGUCACCGGAUUCCUGCUCCUCGUGCCGCUGCUCGUGCUGGCCCUGGCCAGCUACCGCCGCCUUUGCCUGCGCCUCCGCCUGGCCGACUGCCUCGUGCCCUACAGCCGAGCCCUCUACCGGCGCCGGCGCGCCCCGCUGCCGCGGCAAACCCGGGCCUCACCGGGGUCCCAGGCCGCUCCCACAUCAGGAAAGGUCUGGGUCUGAGGACCCUCGAGUCAAAAACCACCCUGACGACUGCCCCCACUCCCAGUCGGCCCGAGGACUUGAAGCCCGGGGGUCUCCCGACCUACCCCGCCCCCGCCGAAGCCAGGGUCCAGCAUCCCCUCGGGGGAACCGAAGCAUCCGUGGACCAAAGCUGGCGGAAACCCACCACACCCCGGAAAACCCACUUUCCUCCUCCUACCUAGAUCUGAAUCCUGGACAUCUGGGCUGGACCCUGCAGACACCCCCACCACUCGAUCCUCCCCUCCCCCUCCCUCAGGACAACCGAACCGCGUGUCCUCCUUUCCUGGUGCAGCUCCUCUAGUAUUUACGGGCUGGGGGGGGGGGGGGGGCGCGAGGUUGGAGAAGAAGGAGUGACCACACAUCAAUAAAGAAUGAACUGAAUGCGUUUCCUGGAAUCCUGUGAACAGAGGGAUGGCACAAUUCCUGUCACGCCUGCCCUGUGCCCAGGAGCAGGAAACAACACUGGGCGGAGGGGCGGGGGCGCGAGAGCGCAUCCUUCGGCCGCCCGGGGGCUUUCCCUUAUCGCGGUAGCCCGUUCUUCCUGGCCAGACCCUAGAGCUCUGUCCCUGACCCUAAAGUCACCUCCCCCCUCAACAGAGUGGAGAGGGCCCGGCCUCUGUCGCCUGCCCUGCUCCCCUUGGGGACCCGAGCCCGUUCUCUGACCCCAGCUUGGAGGAACUCGGUGUUGCCAGGCCGGGGAGGGAAACAAUGGGCCUUCCGGAGCAGGAUGACACCCCCUCCGGCUACAAUUCUGGAGCAGCAGCGUGGGAGGGAAGAU